CAGACCCUGCCCGCCGUACAAAUAAGCGUGGUCUCGCUUUUAUUGAACCCACUUUUAAGGUCGCGCUCCCACGUCCUUCUGCCGUGUUAAAUAUCCUCCUCGGUGAUUCGUUAUAACUGUACGCGUAGCUGAUGAGUAAGAGUUGCAAAACUUCCACAAACUUUUUCUGAAGAAGAAACGUCAUCAAAUAGAUAGUUUUUGUUGUUGUUCUUGUUUUGGACGUCUCCAGCUGUGAGCAUGACGCGGAGGUCGUGCGCUAUCUACGCGGUGGGCGUCAUCUGCGCCACCCUGCUCGUCGUGGGCAUCGGCUUGAUCGCCUCGCAGACUUUUCGCCGGCUGAUGCACAACCGCCUCAAGAAGGAGAUUGUUUUGGUGGAGGGCAGCCGCGUGUUUGAGUCAUGGAAGAGGCCCCCUCCUCCCGUCUACAUGGAGUACUUCUUCUUCAAUGUGACCAACGUAGAUGAGUUCCUCGCUGGGGCCAAACCGGUGGUCAACCAGGUCGGGCCCUACACGUACAGGGAGUACAGGUACAAGGACAACGUGACCAUGGUGGAUGAUGGCAAAAUGGUGUCGGGGUACAACACUAAAAGCUUUGUGUUCCUGAUGGACAAGUCUGUCGGCGACCCUGCACUGGAUAACAUCACCACUGUUAAUAUACCGGCUUGGGCUGUGAUGAACAAGGUCAAAGGGAGCUUCUGGAAAUCCUCCAUGGUGUCCAUUUGGAUGAACUCCAUCGGGAGCGGCCUAUUCACCACACGCACUGUGGACGAACUGUUGUGGGGCUACGAGGACCCCCUGCUAGCCCGCAUCGCUCCGAGCAAUCCGGAAGUCGAGACCAUUUUUGGUCUUAUGUAUAAGAAAAAUGGAUCCAACGAUGGGGAAUUCGUCUUUCACACUGGGGAGCAGAAUUACUUGGAUUACGGCCGAGUGGAAACAUGGAAAGGUCAAAGCCAGCUGACCUUCUGGAACUCCAACCAAAGCAACAGCAUCAACGGGUCCGACGGAAGUGCCUUUCAUCCCCUACUGAAAAAGGACGAACGCAUUUACAUCUUCACCCCGGACCUUUGCAGGUCCAUCUAUAUGGAGUUUGAGAAGGACGUAGAGGUAAGAGGGAUACCAGCAUACCGGUUCACGCCGCCACGCUCAGUCCUGGCCAGCAAAGAGGAAAAUCCGGCCAAUGAGGGUUUCUGCAUCACCCCGCAGGAGUGCCUUGGAACGGGCCUCCUCAAAGUCAGUCCUUGUCGGAAAGGCGCUCCAGUCGUGGCCUCUUUUCCUCAUUUCUAUCUCGCAGAUUCCAAAUAUGCGGCAGCUAUCGAAGGAAUGUCCCCUGAGAGAACUCACCACCAAACCUACCUCGACCUAAACCCGACCACUGGCAUAAUUGUACGUGGGAACAAGAGAGCGCAGAUCAACAUCUUAAUGAAUAGAAUUUCCGGUUUCCCGAAAACCAGAGGUCUUAACGACACCAUCUUCCCCGUCAUGUUCCUGAAUGAGAGCGUGGUCAUGGACGAGGCAUCAGCGGCGAGGGUCCACAAGCUGCUGAUGAUCGUCACGGUGGUGUCCAACUUCCCGCUCGUUUUUGUGGCUCUUGGUGGCAUCAUGCUGCUGGUCCUGAUCGUCCUGCUGAUGCGCGAGCGCAAACAGAAGGCCAGCAGUGAGGAGAACACGUCUUACUCUCCGGUGUGUGAAAAGGAAAAAGAAGACCCUCAAAAUGGAACGUACAUCGGUCUGACGCCCAAGGUGGACGCGCAAGCUUGAGCACUGUCGCCAUCGAUGUUUUGAAGUACAAAACACCACUGCAAAUUUGAUGUCCACACCCUUCAAUUUGUCAGCGAAAACACAUUUCAUUGUUUAUUUAAUGAGUUAAUGAGGCUGCUAAUUAUAGAUGAAAACAUCUAGAGAUUGCAAUCAAAACAAACAUGACUGAAAUGGGGUUGGGAUCAAUAUUUCAGUAUUAGACUGUCAGGAUCAGCCCCUGACUACAUUUUACAAGAGCCCAUACAGGGAGGGAAAAGGACAGUCAGUCAGUAUUAAAAUCCUACGCCCCCGCUACUAAAUAUUACCAAACAUUGUUUCUAUGCCUACUGCCUAAAAGUAUCUUUUAUGUAUAAUGACAGUGUUUGGAGACGCUCACAACCCUGGCAUGAGCAUCAGACAAAGACAAAAAACACUGUAUAUUUUGUAAAAUAAGAAAGUCCUUCUCAUUUUUUUUCUUGUUGUAAAUGUUCCUGUAGAAAAUGUCCAAAUGAAGAACUUCAGGUCUGCUUAGAGUAGGUCAACACUUUUGUCGAAGCCCCUUUCACGGCGCCUAUAAAUACAGCAUUUUCCUAUAUCAGUGUAUUCUGCAUGAAUGACACUAACACAGAAUGGGGUGACAAGGUUGACCAUGAAAAUGUCCGCCUUCAGAGGUAGUAUCAGAGCCAUAAAAGCUGCUUUUACGCUACCUGUAAAAGACAGCAUUGUUCUACCUUUUUUUAAAGCUGCUGUUUGAUAUACUGUAAAUGGCACUGAUGCAGAAUAGGGGACAAAGUGGAAGUGACAUUUUUCCACCCUCAGUAGUCGCAUCAAAACCGUAACAGAACCUGUGUAUAAAGCCCCUUUUACACUGCUUCUAAAAUCCAUAAUUUUUCUGUCCGUUUUGCACGUUGCUGUUCUGUAUAAAUGGCACCAGCGGUGGGCCGAUGCCUGCCUGUAACUGUGUUCCGCAAAGUUGGGAGAGGGGUCAAGUUUAACGCUUUAACAGUCACUUCUCCUGCCAUGCUGUGUUGAAUGCAAUGUCCCUUAACUAUUUUAUGUCACACCAGACGUCGUCUAAAUCAGUGUUUCCCAACCUUAAUCGAACCUAGGCACAUACCCGACUCACAAAAAGUUAGGGAUUGGGUUUUUGGGGAGACAAGAAGAGUCAAAGAAAGGAAAACAAGUAGACAUUCUUCAAAAUUGGGGGUAGGGGGGGGGGGGGGGGAAUACCUGCUGUUAAUUUUGCCAUUCAGCUCCUUAGAGAGAAGCAAGUUGAGCAAAAAGUACUAAAAUAUUGAACAGUUGGAUCUGUGCAUUCAAAAAUUUAGAAAAGGUUCAAUUAAGUUCACCUGUAAUGCUUAUGGUGCAUAUUAGGUUCAAUUUUGUCUGUAGUGUAUUUUGCAUUAGAACAUUUUCAAAUAUUUCAUGGCACACCACCCCAAAACAAAAAUGUCAGCAAAAGUGUGAGUGAAAUCUGGGGCAGUUUACUUGAACACAAAGCUUGUUGUAUGAAUGGCAACAGAGGGAUACAAAGGUUAACUGGACCUUCUGCCAUCUAGGGGAAAGAGCAUUUACUUCUUCUGCCUGUCACUGUUGUGUCAAUGGCAGAGAUACAGUAGAUCAACAAAGAUACAAUAUUUGUAGUAAAUAAAUCAUACUUUUCGGACUAAUUAAAUUGGAUAAUUUCCGGGAGCACACCUGAUGAUCGGCACAGUGGUUGGGAGUCACUGAUGGAAAUGAUUGGAUUCUGGAAUGUGGCGGCAUUGUCCACAGUUUUGGCGAUAUCCCACGCCGUCCGGUUCUGUGAAAAUAGCAAAGGUGGAUAAUUAAUGGGUCUCCUGCUCUGAUGUUCAGAGUGGGGAUAGUUCAUGCAGUACUAGUUUUUUUCUGUAUUUUAACUGCUCCUACUAAUUGUUACUGUAAUGUUACCGCUCAGUGUUCUAUUUGGAAAACAUCCUCCAGUCCAAACACUUCUACCGGCAUGGAAGAAAUGAGGAUUUUUUAUUUUUUUUUUAAUUGUUCAAUGCUGCAUUGGAGCCACAGCGGUGAAGGCAUGACGCCUUCACCGCUGGUGAAAUUGUGCUGCCUGUAAAUACUCUUUUUUUUAUUCUUUUUAUUCUUUAUUUCUAUUCUUGCAACCAAACACAAUCAUGCUUCAAGUGUAUAGUUUUGCUCGAGUUGUAUCUCAAGGAUUUUAACAUUGUUUAGAAAAUUGCUGCUCGGCAAUUAGAUAUUUUUUUUAACACUGAUGAGUCCAUUUCUGCUAUUAUUAUUAUUGUAUUAUGUUAUUAUUAGUUAGGCAUGGGCAUAACAAUCCAGAAAUUCUGCCAAUCGUGUGGAAUUUAUUGUCGAUCAAUCAUGUCCUGAAACGAUGGAGGCAAUAUGGAGUGGACCAAUAUUCCCUCAACUAGUUUGCCAUCUAAAGAAGAACAAAUUGUUAAAUUCUGUAACAAUGUACAUCAUUUCCAAUAACUCUUCAUCAAUCUUAAUUAAUGGUAAGACUUUGGUUAAAGACACAUGAAAAAAUAAUAUAAAGAAUACAUGACCAUGUAUGAAAAUAAAGUAGUAUUUUUCGAGUAAACUUUUUUUAAGUAAUCUUAUGUAAAUGAAGCUAUGUUUUAAAAAAUAACGUUUAUGGAAUUGACUGUCGAUGAAUCACAUCUUGAAGUCAUGGAUGUAAAAUGGAGUGCACUAUUUAACUAGUUCGCAGUCUAAAGAAGAAAUGAUUGUGUAAUUUCGUAAAUUUAUAAGAAUAGCAUCCUAAUUUGUUCGGAAAAAGUAGCAACAUUACUAGAAAACAAAAAAAUUUACAAGAAUAAUGUUUUCUUCGGGAAAAAAUAUCACAAGAAUAUCACAAGAAUUAAUUUGUAUUUUUCGAGAAAAAAAAGGUAAAUUAAUAUAACGUUAUAUUGAGCACAUCCACACCACAACUCCUCUGAGCAGCAUUAUAUGUUCAAUAGCACACAACAUUCAUAUUUUAAAAAUGACAAAAAACUGAAUGUUUUUUUUUUCCUUAGUCGAUGGAGGAAGUUUAGUGCUCAUCCCUUGUCUUAGUGGUAACAUUUGACUGCAAUGUUGUUAUAUUAAUUUGCUGUUUUUAAUUUUAAUGUCUUUAAUUUUUUUAGUAAAUUCAUCAUUUAGAUAUCUGUUAUGGUAAUGGUGACGAUUCAUGGAGAGUGCAUCUUGUAGUCUAAGUUCACAAUCAUCAGAUGAAUGAAAUUGCCAACUUUGUUGUGUGUGGUUUUUUUUUUUGUAUGAUCUUCAAAAAACCAAAAAGCAAAGCACAAAAUGGAUGUCAUGCUGUUUGAUUACAGACUGUACUUUAUGAAAUUAUCGUUAUUGUUAUAACCGUGUAUGUAUCCUUCUAACCGUCUUUAUUUUGUGAAAUGUUGACGUGUUUUCACUGUGUACGCAAAAUAAAACAAUAGAUCUUAGUGUCCUGACUUUA